UUAAUGUUGAAGUAUGGGAGUAGAGACUUGAGAUUGUUAUUCCUCUAGUGAACCAUUUUAUUUUAUUUAGUGAAACCGUGAGACUCGAGUGAUAAUCGGACAGUUCGUAUUUUUAUGUUAUGAUAUAUAUUAGCUUUACUGAUUUGGAGGGGAAGUGCUAUAAUCGUUACAAUACGGGCAGAAAUGAAUUGAUCAUAUACUUAGUGUAGGUUAGAUUGCUUCCGCAUUCAUCCACGAAAGAGUGAAAAGGCAGAAGUCUAUCUUGUGAAAACGAGUAAUGUGAUUUCAGAGCCUGUAAGUAAAGGUUAGGGCAGACUUACCGCUGUCGCAAUUGAGCGCUACACCGUGAAGACAUAAGUCUGUGCGAGGGUGGAAGUGUGUCGCCACUCAUUCCUAACUUCGUCACUAGGUGGAGGUGCCCCUUCCAGUACCAGAACAUGUGUCACCUUCACAGGUGACAGCUGAAAACCAGUAUGAGUGUAUUGCUGCCGUUGUGACCCCACUGUGGCAGACUCCAUAUAAGGAGCAGCUAGCAAUAAAGUUGCAGUGGAGUCAGAGUGUAAUGUGGAAUGUUGUAAAGAAAAUAUGUAAGCAGAGGAAGAGCUGGAAUGUAAAGAAAUUUUCAUAUAGAUUGCAUCGUGUGAAGCCUUCGCCUGUUACAGAAGGCUAUCGCAAUAAGGAUGAUUUUAACAUUCAGACUGGGGUUGAUGGAAAUCCCAAGACCAUGGGAUUCUUUGUGGGGAGUCCUGCCGAUGGUCCUGUGGUCUGCGUGAGAGGAACUCAUCUCGUCAACAUACGACAGAGCCAUAAGGAAGUAGCACAGGCAUAUGAAGACUACAUCCGGUUAUCUCCGCUGCCUCCGUGCUGUCAUUUUGGAGAUGGUGGCCAUUGGCGCAAUCUGGUAGUGCGUUCCAAUGAAGCAGGUCAACUUAUGGCUGUUGUUACGUUCCAUCCACAAGAUUUGGAGCAGGAGAGACUGGAAGAAGAAGGAGCCAAGCUUCGAGAGUACUUUCUUCAUGGGCCAGGAGCACGGUGUAAUCUGACCUCUCUGUAUUUUCAGCCAUGUCGACAUACGCGGUGCACAGCAGAUCAGGCACCGUACACACUCCUCUUUGGGGACCCACACUUAACAGAGACGUUGGAAGACUUCAAGUUCCGGGUGUCACCUGACUCAUUUUUCCAAGUGAACACUGCUGCGGCAGCUGUCCUGUAUAACACAGUGUUCUCAUUGGCUCACCUCACACCUAUGACAACUCUGCUUGAUGUGUGCUGUGGCACAGGUACUAUGAGUAUCCUGGCAUCUCGUCGUGUGCGAGGUGCAGUUGGUGUGGAUUCUGUUAGCAGUGCGGUCACAGAUGCCAGAAACAAUGCCCUUGCUAAUGAAGCACUCAAUGUGGAGUUCAUAGCAGGUCUUGCUGAAAAGAAAAUACCUAGAAUCAUCGCAGGGCUGGGGAUGGCUUCACAUAUAGUUGCUGUUGUGAAUCCAGGUCGCAGUGGUUUACAUUCCCAAGCAGUGAAAGCCCUGUGUAGUUGCAGACAGAUUAAGCGCGUGGUAUAUGUAUCCUGCAAGGCAGACAGCCCCAACACAGUAUCCAACUUCAUACAGCUUUGCACCGAGGGGCAGUUCUCAUUGGGUCAUGUAGUGCCAGUGGAUCUGUUCCCACACACACUACACACUGAGCUCAUACUGGAAUUCAGCAGGUGACAUCAUUUCUUUUGUUACACACAGUUCUUGUACAGUAAUAUUUGUGCCCUGGUAAUAAAGUACUUGUGAAUUAA